UUGAGCAAGGGAUUUUACACAGCUACUCAGGAGAAACGAAAUGAUCUGCCCUGGAGCCGCAGCAAAAUGCUGGAUGGACACCUACUCCUGGGAUGGUUAUCGUUCACAGUUAUAGUGUAUCUUCUCAACUUGCCUGGACCAACCGCAGCAUAUUUCGGGUUGACAGGUAAUGAACCGUUGUCUAUCCUGCCACUGAACUCUCUACCAGAGGAGAACGUAGGCAGGGCCCACUACAAGCUGUGCGACCGGCUCAAACUGGAAAAGAAGCAGCGCAGGAUGUGCAGACGAGACCCGGGCGUAGCUGAGACCCUGAGAGAGGCCAUCACCAUGAGCGCCCUAGAAUGCCAGUAUCAAUUCCGCUUUGAGAGGUGGAACUGCACCUUAGAGGGGCGCCACCGAGCCAACAUACUAAAGAGAGGAUUUAAAGAGACAGCCUUCCUUUAUGCCAUUUCCUCAGCAGGCCUGACCCAUGCGAUGGCCAAAGCCUGCAGCGCGGGACGCAUGGAGCGCUGCACGUGUGAUGAGGCCCCGGACCUGGAGAACCGCAAGGCGUGGCAGUGGGGAGGCUGUGGCGACAACCUCAAAUACGCUAACAAGUUUGUCAAGGACUUCCUGGGCAAACGCUCCAACAAGGACCUGCGCGCUCGCGUGGACAUGCAUAACACAAAUGUGGGCAUGAAGGUAAUCAAGGCUGGAGUGGAGACCACUUGCAAAUGCCAUGGCGUCUCCGGCUCCUGCACCGUCCAGACCUGCUGGAGACAGCUCCUGCCCUUCCACGAGAUCGGCAAGCAGCUGAAGCAGCGCUAUGAGACCUCCAUCAAGGUUGGCAGCUCCACCAAUGAGGCGACGGGGGAGGGAGAGAUCUCCACAGGCCGGAGCCAGCAGCCGCAGCCCCUGCCCGGCCUGAACGAUCAGAUCCCUCGCACUAUGGACCUGCUCCACAUCGAGGACUCGCCCAGUUUCUGUAGACCCAGUAAGUACUCGUCGGGCACGGCAGCCCGCAAGUGCUACAAGGAUAAGAACUGCGAAGCUAUCUGCUGCGGGCGAGGCCACAACACUCAAAGCAGGGAGGUGACCAGGCCAUGCCAGUGCCAGGUGCGCUGGUGCUGCUACGUCGAAUGCAAGCAGUGCACACAGAGAGAAGAGGUCUAUACCUGCAAAGGGUAAACCAGUCGCCUGUGAGUCCCAGUGGAGCAAGUGAAAGAUGGUCAUGUUGGAGAGGUUAUGGAGGAGCAGUUGUUUUGUUCUCAAACAAGGUUUUGCUUCCACUGUCGGAACAGUGUCUGAACAAACAAAGAGGAGCGAGCCGAUGGAGAAGCAAUAAGCACUUUGAGGGAUUUCUGUGGGUUGGGGUUCAGAGGUCCUGUGACCCCUGCGUCUGGGGUUUGCAGAAUUAAAAACCUUCUCAGACAACUGGGUCAACAUCUCAAGCUUUUUGUCACGGUGUUGCCUUGAAGAAAGUAGCGUUUAUUUUCCUAUUAACAAAAUCCAUUCAUCCAUCUUCACACAAGAAAACAGAAAGAAAAACAAAGAUUAACAUCCAGUUGUUGACGAUCCAAUUCAAGGACAAUUAACACCAACAGACUGGUUUCUGGGGCCUUGCCCCAAGAAGAAUAGCGUGUAUGUGUGUGUGUGUUUGCCAGUUUUUACGUGUGUGUUUGUAAGUGAGCACGUGAUAGAUAACGCAGAGGGCGGGGGUUCGAAUGACGACUUUUAUGGCAAUGAAAACCAUAUUCAGAGACUGCGAAAAAAAGACAGGGUGUAAGAUUUACUCUUACUCUUACUUUUCACGCACAUAUUUACACUCACACACAUUGUGUGUUUGCAUAUGUAUGUACAUAAAUUCAGUUAUAUUGUAAUGAUAUUAUACAAGCCACUUAUCUAACUAUGUUAAAAGAAACCACUAACCACACAAAUGUAUGUUGUUUGUGUGCUCUCGCUCGUUUUUCUUUUUGAUUCAUGUUGACAAGGCCCUUUGGAAAGCAGCACACUUGUGUCCGUCGUCUUGCUGUGGAUAAUUUAUAGAUCCUUUGGGACUACUCCUUCACAGGGAGAAAACAAAUUCUCAUUUUUUCUUUUCUUGUGUAAUAUAAUAUGAAGCUGUUAGUAAAUGCAUUAACAGAAUAUAACUAAACCAGUCAGUUUAGGCUAUUCUCAGCCUUGAGCGAACCAGUGUUCAGGGAAUAACUUAAACCACUAUAACUAUUUGGAUAAAAGAGAGAGAAAUAGUGCAAAUACACAUAAUAUCCAAGAUGGAGAUGACAAUGGCCUUGUUAUUAUAGCCAAUACUGUUGCAACAGGUGAUCACUUGACCAGCAAACGGUCCAUGUGUGACUCAGAUCAAAAAAAUUGUGGAGCUCUGCAGAGCUUAAAUCACUUAUUAGGACUUUUUUUGUUUAACUUUGAAUACUUUGAAGUUGUAAAGAAAACUGUGGAGAACAGGAGGAAUGUAGCCCCCUACCAUUUCACAUCCUUCUUUCCUCUUCAGCUGCCACGAUUUGAUUGAGCCAUAUUCAACAUUUAGACAUGCAGUUUGUACAGUUGGAGCUGCAUCGGUCAGUCCAAACAGUGUGGGGCAACUGAGACGGAAAUCUAACUUGACACGUCUGCAGGAUUGCUCAAGUGAAGAUGAAAGCAUAAGCCUCGUAGCUAAUAUAAAUAUAUUUUAUAAGACUAAUAUUUGCGUAGUGUUUGGCGAAUUGAGUCCGAAUGCAAACAUUGGGGGUUUGCAGAUAUGCUGUCUUCGUUUAGAAGUCAGCGUUAGUGUUGAGCUAAUUUGCGCUUUCAUAUUGUUGCUUGGCGCACAGUGAGACAGUUAACACAAUGCAGUAUACUGAAGCCUGCCAUGCAACUACACCGACAGUUUAAAGCAACAGUCUGACAUUUUAGGAAAUACACUUACUUUCUUUAUUGGCAAGAGUUAGAUAAUUGAUACCAUUUUCAUGUAUGUCUGGUAAAUAUAAGGCUACAGCUAGCUUCCAGUUAGCUUAGUUUAGCAUAAAGAAACAGAGGAAAACAACUAGCUUGGCUAGGCAACUCCCAGUGAAACUACAACUUUUCUUUCUAUUUGCAGAUUGAAAUAAUAAAUUUAAAUUAGUUACUUAAAUUACUUAAAUUAAGUGCUAGAAGAUGGGUUUAAUCUACAAACAGAGCUAGGCUAGCUGUUUCCCUCCAUUUCCAUUCUUUAUGCUAGGCUAAGCUAACUGGCUGCUAGCUGUAGUUUGAUAUUCAUGCUGAUAUGAAACUGGUAUCGCUUUUCUCAUCUAAUUCUUGGCAAAAAAAAGCAAAUACGCAUAUUUCCCAAAGUGUCAAAUCAUAAGACAAAACCGUGACGUUGAAGGUUUAAUUUCACGAGAAACGCCUCUGUACACACAAACAAUGCAGAUUAUAAUAUUUCAUUGAAUUCUCAGCACUUAGCUCCUGGGAACAUUAUGUUAUAUACUAUAAGAUAUAGGACCUUAUAUGCCUUGUUUUCAAUGGGUGUGAAUUAACUACUGAGUGAGGGACCCAGCUUUGUAUUAUAGCACCAUUCACGCACUGAAGCCCAAAAGCCCUUUAAAGUAUUUAAAGUUCUGUAUUUAUGGAUACAGUGCAGUGCAGAAUCUUUUUUUUUCUUUCUUUUUUUGGAAAUUGUAAAUAGCAAAGGUUUCUUUUCCUGUGGUAUAGAGACAAAAGUGAGGCACAUGUUCAACUCUCACAAGCAACUGAAACAGAAAUUGGUAGCAAUAAGAAGCGUACACACAGCUGCUGUAACAAGACAGAUUGUACAGCGCUAUAGCACCACACCAAACAUCCUUAAAAAUGGCUAAACAGAUGGUUUAGUGUUUAAAGAUGAUUAUCACGAUAUGUGAAAUUAAACCAUCAUCCCCUACAGCAAAAUCAUGCUUUAGGAAGAGAGGCCUGCUUGGCUUAUUUGUCCUGAGGAGAUGAAUUCCAAGCAUUUUGAUAUGAGAAGGCAUGCCAAAUAAAGACUGGUCAAAACAUAUACAUAGAACUUUGCACGCUACAUGGAAACCAUAAUAGCUAUGCUGAGACUCGAAGCAUAAAUGCCUGCUUCCCACAGCUUCUGGUGUGUGCGUCCUCCACACACACACACUCACACUCCUCGGCCCAAGCACACUCUACUAUUGAACGGAUUCAAAACAGGCAUGACAGGAAUACCAAAUGCACACUGAGUGCAUUUUUGUUUGUUUAUAGAUUGUACAUAGGCCUAAAAUUUCUCCCGAGGAGCAUGAUGCAGCAGCCAGUUGGUUUUUUAGAUGUCACAGUCGUCCAUAUUCUCAAAUCCAAAACUCUGCACUGUUUAGUCGUCAGUGGAUCAUGUACAAAAUUCUAUUUUGUAGAAAAAAAUAAAAGAUAAAUUAUUUUUAAAUAUAUUAUGAGCAUGUGUUUAGUGUAAAUAACGUCAAAGUCUAAAUUGAUUUUAUAUCCUGUAUUUUUUACUCUGUUUUUCUUUUGGGUGUUUGUUCCUUUUUGGGGGUGGGGGGGUGGGGGGUGGAGGCUUCAAGAAGCAGUGUAUACUUUAAACAUAUUUCAUUUCAUAUCUCAAUGUUUGCUGUUAUCUAAGCACUAACAAAUCCUAACAAAUUUAGAAUCAACUCACACUUAGCUGUCUUUCAUUCAUUCAUUCACACAAUACUGAGACAUUUCUGAAAGUAUUCAAACAAAAUCACAGUCAUCAACAAUAUCUUAAUAGGAUUUGAUCUGUUUGUAUAAUCGACUGUUUUGUGAAUAGACUCUGGCUUUGUAAUGUUGGCCAUGUGACAGUAUAAACUGAUGAUGUUGACGAUUGCAUCAGUGUGGACUGGUUUAUACUCACCUUUGGAUCACUUUACAUGUACAUGUACUUUUUGUUAGGAUUUGUGCUGUGCUUGUAAAACAAAGAUAAAACACACCAACACGUUACCCUUUGUGAUGAUACUACACCAACAAAGCUUUGUCCAUGUUCACUUAUUCAUGUCUUAUGGGAACCCUAAAUUAUUUUCCUCUACCUCAUGUGUAUAGCUUGUAGGUAUAAACAGAUCACAAAUGACUGGUAAGAAUGUAUUUAAGUUAUUUAACAUCUUUGUAUAACAAAGGCGAAAAAUCUGAAAUAAUAAAUGAAUUUUUAAAUUA